CAGCUCUUCACCGUUUAUUCUUCUUUUUUCAGUAGACUGCUUACCUACCCUAGAUAUAGUAGUCCAGUCGCCAUAAUCGGAGAGCCAGGUUACCAUCUAUUAUACAUGCAUUAAUAUUGAUCGACAAUAAGAUCAUCAAUAUCGAUAUACCACAGGGUAUUCGUGGGAAUGCCAACAUCCUCUCUUAUUGGUUAGGAUCCAUGUUUUGAGGCUAAGACAUCAUGAAGUCGCUCUUAACACAACUGCGGCACUCGGGAAGUACGCGUACAUCGUCUUCAAGCUCAAGAAACAUGAAGCUCGAUAUCGUUAGUCGCCUUCCCUUUGAGAUGCAUGCUAUAAUUAUUAUCUAUCUCGAGCCAAAAGACAUAGACGCGGGUCUCAGCGCAUGCCGUUAUUGGCGUGGUGUUUGGCUGAGCGACGAAAUAUGGCCUAAGCUCGCUCAGCGGUGGUUCCCGGGUUUGGAGGACUACAUCCGCAGUUCAGCCACCGAUGGUCAAGAUUUAGGCGAGACGUUCCGACGCAUUUUACAUAAAAUUCAGAGAAGAGUGAGUGGCAGAUUCGCCUCCGCCUUACAUCAUGAGAUGUGUUUGGGCUCCGACCGUUUCUUCACGCUAAGCAAGGACGUCCCCGAGCUGGAAGGAGGCAUACAUUGUUACGAGAAUGUGGAUGAUUUGGAAUUUGACCCUGGUACUUAUUUCCCACGUUUUAUGAUGUACAAUAAUGGCCGAAUAGCGUGGUGGCCCGAAGCGUAUGUCCUCCCUUAUUUCGCCGUUGUUGAUGAUCUACGCACGAGAAAGCGACGGGCAUACUUAUUUCCGAAUCAUCGAGGAGAAAAGCAGGGUUUCAAGACAGCCAUGAGUGGUAAACUGCUUCUCAUGGGGCGUGGAAGGACUCUACACGCAUGGCAUCUCGAACUGGAUAGACUCCACUCCACCAGAGUCCCAGAGGAGUUCGUUCGCUGUAUUGCGGAAGGAGAGACUGUUCUUAUCGUUACUAAGAAUGCAGAACUCUUUAUUUGGAGAUUUGACCGAGAACCCGAACAUAUUGACGUAACUGGCUGUUACACUAAGGGACCCCUUGGUACAUCUCAUAUAUACGACUUUACUCCCGGCCAGCUUGUCUCUUCUCAUAAUGCUGGCUCACGCCUCGUCCAAAGCGGAAUGCUUCUGGAUUUUAUUAUUUCUCCAACCGAGGAUAAUGUCUUCUUUGUCAUUACCCUCACCCCCGCUCCCAGGAAGCAGCUCCGAGUACACGAAAUCCGCAACGGCGUACUUAUAGAGACUUAUUAUUUAGACAGAAAUACCUGUCCCGAAUCUACCAUGGAGUCCCUUGAUUUUACGAACCUCCGCUGGGAAAAGGUAGAUUCUUACGGCGGAUAUUGCCUAAUGCAAGCUAUAUUUCCGGCUACUCAGAGUUUAGAUGCAACCGCCCGCGAGUCUGCGUGUUAUCCCAUGGGCGACAGCCUUAUAUCAGUGUGUUUUAAUAUUUAUACGAAGUCCUUCUCAAUUCCCCAUUAUCACCAUAGCAGUCAUAGAAGUGCCUGCCAAAUCUGGAACGGUCGAAUAGCCGUAACCGACACGGAUAACGCACGAGGUCCUAUCUUAUCACUUCCACCCUGCCGCGGCGCUGCGCAUCCUUGCGACAAGUCACACAUUCCCCCCAUUUAUUCAACAAUACCCAGUGGAAGGGGUGGUCUGUAUCGAAGACGGCGAGUAUGUUCUGAGAAGCAUGGCUUUGAAUCCCUCGGUGCAGACUUCGCACUUGAUUCCAACCCACAAUACGGCAGGGGUCCUGUCGACAGCACUCCCGAUAUCUCCCCAUUGCUUCCCGGCGUUAAGAGGCUAGUAGGCGACGACGAAUUCCUGGUUCUAAUAAUCAGACAGUCAUAUACUGCUUGGAGUUUUGGGAAUGAAAUAUCUGGAAAGACUUCAGAACGCGGGCGGAAGUUAUGGCGCAAUCUAAUCCAUUGAAUGCCUCCAUUGCU